AUGGUUGGAGACAAAAAUACUUCAAUAAUCGGCAAUGCAUCUCCACCUUUACAAGUAGGCAGGAAUGAAGAUCCGACAAAAAUCAUGAAGACAACAAUGCUCAUAUGGGAACAGCAGACAAAGGAUAUAUUUAUAACAAAAGGUUUACAAAAUGUGCAGAAUGCAUCAAAGAACAACAACUUGGUGAUUAUCACAGGUCCUCAAGGAAGUGGAAAAUCAACAGCUUUGCGAUAUGCUGCUAUGUCUUUAAAGCAGGAAGGAUUUGUUGUAUACCCAUGCAAUAAGAUAUCAGAAAUUAUUUAUUAUUGGGACGACACCAGAAAACAAGUGUUUAUCAUAGAUGACCCUAUAGGUAGAGAAUGCGUAAGUUUAGUUGGUGUACAAAAGUUGGAGAAGUAUGAUCAGUCUAUCAAGCACUGCAUUACAAGUCAUACAGAACCUACAACAAAACUUAUCCUUGCAGUUAGAUCUGAAAUUAUCAACGAUAAAUAUGUAUCGAGUAGCAACACAUUGCUAUCUUCACAACAUCAUGUUAUAGAUUUGACUGAUGAAGAUAAUGCUUUGUCAGAACAAGAAAGAAAAGACAUGCUUGCUCACUAUCUAUCUAAAUCUGGUCGUAAUGAGGAAGUUGCACUGCAGAUGCCAAAUCUACAUUGUUUUCCAUUACUUUGUCAUGCAUUUUGUAAAGUUGGAACUAUACGUAAAAACGCAGCAGAAUUUUUUUCUUCACCAUUCAGUGUAAUCAAAGACACAUUUGUCCGAAUACGAGAAAGGAACCCUCCCCAUUUCUGUGUCUUAGCAUUGUGUGCUGUAUAUAGUAAUGAUUUUUCUAUUAGGGACCUCCAUGAUGAAUCUCCAAAGAGAGAAAAGGUCAGUAGAAUUAUGGAUAUUUUGGGAAUCAAUCGUGAGAAAGAAUUAAGAAAAUUGGUUAAUGCCCUGGAUGCUUUGAAUGGUGUUUAUCUAUUGAAAAAUGAUAAUUCAUAUUCUUUCUUGCAUUCUUUAUUUCAAGAUACAGUUACAUUUAUCUUGGGGGAGGAAUCAACAGAAAUUUUGUUAACAUAUUGUUCUAGUACAUUUCUCAGAAGUCAUGUGAAAAUAAGUCAAAAAAACAAUGGCGAACAUGUCAUCAUUUUGGAGCAUGCUGACUAUCCUAAUUUAGCUGUAAGGAUGUGUCAGGAGCUAAGAAAACACAACGUAGAGGACAUAUUCUCUCAUACCGCUCUUGCCAAUAAGCAGUUUCUGAAAAUAUUCAUGGAAGAAUGCUCUAAAGACAAGAUUAUAGAAUAUGCCAAUGGCGAGAAGAUUGCACUGUUAGCAUGGAGUUGUCAUGUGAGAUUGUUCAGAUUAACACGGGCCUUAUUAGAAAAUGGGGCUGAUCUAAAUAUUUGUGAUGAAUCUGAAAGAUCAGCACUUAUGUGGUUAUGUCGAAACAAUCGUAGUCCUCAGGAUCAGAUUCGAAACAUUACAAAAGUAUUGUUAGAGGCAGGAGCUGCUGUCAAUUUGAUUGACAAAAGGGAUCAAACUGCAAUUAUGUAUGCCAUUAGCAAAGGUGAUGUAAAAAUUGUACAAAACCUGAUUGAAUAUGGUGCUUCGGUAAGGGAAGUAUCUACCAGCUUGUCGCCUCUUAGCUUAGCUGUUAAAUGUUCCAUGAAGCAUACCCGUAGACAGCAUGCAUCAGCUAAAUAUUGGAACUCUUUGGAGCAACAAAUUGAGUUGCUUUUGAAAAAAGGAGCUGAUCCAAACUUUAAGCCUGAUGGCGAGAAAACACUUCUUUAUCAAGCAGUUUCAUGCUCAAAUACUGCUGUUUGCAAGUGUCUUCUGGAUCACGGAGCAGAUAUUGAACAGUCUGAUUUAUUUCAUGAAGACCUCCUAUGCUGUGCAAUCAGUAACUGUUCCACAGAACUGGUAAAUCUACUGUUGGAAAGAAAUGUUAGUGUAAACAUAGCAAACUAUUUUUCAAAGUCACCCCUACACCUUGCAGUUAGCCAGAAUGAUUGUGAAUUGGUAAAGCAAUUGUUAAAAAUGGGUGCAUGUGUCAAUGCCAGGGACUUGGAAGGUGAAACACCUUUACACUUGUCUGUGAAGGCUAAAAGAAAAGAAAUAACAGAAAUGCUCUUGCAGGAAGGGGCCGAUGUUAUGGCGGAGGAUAAACGGGGUCAGACACCACAAUUAUGGAAUAUUAAAACUUACAACACUUAA